UUCUAAGCAAUAGAAGUUGCCCUUGGUUGCAUUGGAAAUAGCAUUUAGUGCCUUUACCAGAGUUAAAUGUCAUUAGUCUUCUUGCUUUCCAGUCGGGGCUGAUUUGUGUCUCUGUGCCACAGGUAACUCACAGUGACACAGCUUUGGUUUAUGCUGGAAUUGAGAUCAGAAUUGAGAUCCCUUGGACUGAAGUCACAUCAGGAACCUUGAUAACAUUGCAGAUAGUGCAGGUUUAUUUUUGCCCCUUGGAUUGCAGUGUGGAAUAGAUGGUAUCUCCCAGAAGCCACUGCUAUAUUUACAAGGAGAUAAAGCUCAAAUGUAAAAAUAAUCUAGCUUCAGGCUCUCGCGCUUCGCUACCAAAUGCUUUGUCUGCCUUGGCCGACAAAAUGCUCUUGGCUUCUGAUCAAAGAGAACUAAGUGGAAGCUGCUUUCUCUUGAUGUUAAGAGAGCUUUUGACAGAGGAGAGUCCCUGGAAGCUUUGCUAAGCAGUGCAAGCCUGGUGGUGUGCUCUGAAAGCACAGAGUGAGGGAAACCACGCUGAACAACGCACCUAUGGUGUGAUUUCUCCUCCAGAAAGGGCUGUAUUUAGAGCAGCUACAAUGAUGCAGCCUCUGCUGUUACCUGCUGUUAGGGCUGCCCCUAUGGCAUAACAAUUAAUGGACUCGUAGCAUCAUCAAGGUUAGGAAAGACCUCCAAGACGAUGGAGUCUAUCCUAACCCCGCCACGUCCUUCAGUGCCAUAUCUCCGUGGACCAGCAGGCUGUUCUAAUGAGAGGAAGCACCUACAUCCAUCCGACAGGGGAAGGGGAGGGAGCGGGGCGGGGACGCUGCGAAAUGGCCGCCGGCCCCCAGCCCGCCCCUCCGGCCGUCACUGCCGGCCGCUGCUCCGCCUCGCUCCGCUUCCCCAUCGCCGCCGGCCGUCCCCCCAUCCCCGGCAUGCGGAACGGCGGCGGCUGAGGCCCGGAGCCUCCGAGGCCAUGUCCCCUCGGGCCGCCUUCCCCGGGGAGGUGCGGCGGGCGGCCGCUUCGGCGUGCAGCCGGUCCCGGCUGCGGAGCGGCAGCACGGUGCUGCUGCCGUCCAUGCUGAUGUUCGGCGUCAUCCUGGCCUCCAGCGGGCUGCUCUUGAUGAUCGAGAAGGGCAUCCUGGCCGACGUGAAGCCGCUCCCGUUGCAUCCGGCGGCCGGGGAGGUUUCCCGACGGGUAGAGACGAGGGGAGGAGAUCUGGAGCGCGAUGUGCUGCGGGACAUCCGCAACCGCACCAUCCGCUCGGUGUGCGGACAGCCAGCCAUGCCACGCAGCGUAUGGGAGCUGCCGGCCGGGCAGCGGAGGACGGUCCUCCGUCACCUCCUAGUGAGCGAUAAGUACCGCUUCCUCUAUUGCUACGUGCCCAAAGUAGCCUGUUCUAAUUGGAAGCGCAUCCUAAAGGUGCUGGACGGGGCGCUGGAGAGCGUCGACGUCAAGAUGAAGAUGGACCAUAAGAGUGACUUGGUGUUCUUAGGGGACAUGACACCAGAAGAGAUCAACUACCGCUUAAAGAACUACUACAAGUUUAUCUUCGUGAGGAACCCGACCGAGAGGCUGUUAUCAGCCUACAGGAACAAGUUUGGGGAGAUCAAGGAGUACCAGCAGAAAUACGGGGUGGAGAUAGUCAGGAGGUAUCGGAAGAAUGGGGGGAAGUCGGCAGGAGAUGACGUGACCUUCUCUGAGUUCCUCCGCUACUUGCUGGACGAGGAGGUGGAGAGGAUGAACGAGCACUGGAUGCCCAUCUACAACCUGUGCCAGCCCUGCGCCGUGCGCUACGACUUCAUUGGCUCCUACGAGCGGCUGAACGAGGACGCCAACCACGUCCUGGAGGAGGUUCAGGCUCCAUCCUUCAUCCGCUUCCCAGAGAGGCAGUCGUGGUACAAACCCGUGACGGCAGAAACGCUCCAUUACUACCUGUGCAACACCCAGCGCAGGCUGAUCAAAGAGCUGCUCCCAAAGUACAUCCUGGAUUUCACUCUCUUCGCCUAUCCCCUUCCAAACAUCACCAGUGAGUUCUGCAGGCAGUGAGCUGUUUAGUUUAGCUAAGACAGCGGUCAGGUUCUGCCACAGGGCAGGGGAACUUCAGGUUGGAUACCCAGGGACAUUUCUCCUCCAAAGGAGUGGUCAGGAGCUGGAACUGGCUGCUUAGGGAGGUGGUGGAGUCACCGGCCCUAGAAGCAUCCAAGAAACAUUUAGAUCUUGACGUGGUUAAUGGGAAAAUACUAGUGGUAGGUGGACAGUUGCUCUAGGAUGAACUUGAAGGUCUUUUCCAGCCUUGGUGAUUCAGUGAUUCUAUGCAUAAUUUUCAUAAUUCUAAAGCACUCUUCGUAUCCUUUUAUAUAUUGCCUUUUCUACUAGGAUGCUUUUUGUAUCGUUCCAGUUCAAAGAUGUCCGUACGCCGCUGACUCGAGCACAACAGCUUUUGUAAAUCUAUUUUUGCUGCAGAUUCUUUUUUAUGGCGCGGCACAGGAAACUUCCAUAAGGAAAUGGAGAAGUAGCCAUAUUUUAAGUCUUCUUCUUCCCUUUGUCAUAUCUUCAGUACUACGUGGUGCACAGCUGGAUCUCUCAUCAUCUAGUUGCCAGUGCACUGAAAGUUAGCGCUGUUAAAUGCGGUCCUAACUUAGACAGGAGGUGUUUUAUCGGGUAGAAAGGGCUUUAAACUUGGACCUAAUUGUAAAGACUGUGGCAGCUCACAGCCUCGGUCGGUGCCUUUGUGCCCACGUGCAUUGCAAACCACCGUGGAGGAUCUCCAGCCAUGUUUGAAACAGCAGUUUAGUUCUCCUUAUUCUGGGUGUGCACACCGUUUGUAUUUAAUUAUGACUGCUGAGUUUUAAGUGUUUUUUGGAGGUACUGGGGAGUGCUCUGGGGGGCUGUGUCCUCCUUUUUAAUAAAGUUUGUUUUUUUAUAUGAA